AUGGACUACGAUGCCUAUGAUGCGCUAUUGCAUCAUAUCUUCAAGCAAACGCAAGGGGAUGCCUGGUUCAAGCCAUCCUCCGAGAACAUACAUGCUGGCGUCUGCUUGCGCAUCAGUACAGGCCUGUUUCGCGUCUUUCCUUACGAGAAUCGGUAUUUGGAACCCUUCGAGGCUGCUGUCCGGGGCUUGAACCCUGUGGUUGCGGUCAAAGUCCGCAGCGCUGCUGUCCACGUUGCUUUGGGCACAGUAGGAGAUCAAGCAACGGCUAUCUACCUCAAUGCCGACACUCGCAUCCAGAUCUUGGACACCAUGAUGGACCUUCCUGGCGCGGACAAGGAGCAAUGUGGUGCUUUCAUUCGCGACGAGCGUGUCCUUGUCAUCUGGUCGGACAACCUCGACACUGUCAUCCCUCUGUGUUUGGAUUUCGACGACAAGCUGAUCAAGCUUGUCUGGGCUCGGCGCGGCUCGUUCGCUCUUGCGUUGUCUGCGACUUCGACGGCCUCGGUUGCGAACUCCGCUCCUGAUUCACAGUUCAAUGAAAAGGCGCAGGCAACAAAAGAGGUGGUGCUUCCCGUUCUCACGCCAAGUAAACCGGCUGCAAAGACUGGCGGCUGGCGCUCGUUAUGGGGCUGGAGAAUUUCAAACAAGCCCACUCAGGUCGAGCCCGAUCUUGAAAAGAGUGCAGCGAGCACCAGACACAUGCGCCUGUUCGGUCCUUUCUACGGUGGUCUAGGAUGUGCCUUGUCAGUUUUCUUCGUCGGUAGUGGCCUUGAGGUCUUGAUAGCGGAAUGGCGCCUCGAUCAUGACUUUACCCGAUUUGCUCUCAUGGUCACGGCGCCUUUCCUGUUCUGUGUGUCACUCUUUUUCUCCUCACAGGUUGUCACCAAUAUAUCCUACGUUCUUGGACCGGUCGCCCAGUAUCAUGAAAAUUCCAAAUACUACUCUGCGAUCAAACCGGGUCCUAAUAAGGAGGUUGAUCAACGCCUUCCCCAUGUUUCAAUUGAACUCCCUGUCUACAAGGAGAGCUUAGAUUAUACGAUAUCCCCAUCGGUGCAAUCCUUGAAGAAAGCUAUGCAGACCUAUGCUCGCCAGGGUGGCACAUCAAGUAUAUUCGUCCACGACGAUGGCAUGCAACUCCUUUCGGAGGCCGAGCGCCAGGAGCGGAUCACCUUCUACGCUGAUAACGGGAUUGGCUGGGUUGCGCGCCCCAAGCAUGAUAGCUCGCCAGGCGGCUUCCAGCGCCGUGGUCGGUUCAAAAAAGCCAGUAACAUGAAUUAUGGAUUAGCGCUGAGCUUGCGGUUAGAACAUUGGAUCCACGAGCUUGAGACGCAUACGGAGGUAUCGGCGAGAAGCAGAGAUCCUUCUGAAGCCGGAGACCAUGAUGAGGAAGAAUUAGAAGAAAAGGCUUUGAAGAUUGCCAUUGAGGAAAUCUACGAGGAGAGCGGGAAGAAGUUCAAACCAUGGGCGAGCAAUGCCAAGGCGCUUCGUAUGGGAGCAAUUAUUCUCAUUGUUGAUUCAGACACCAUCGUCCCUGAGGAUUGUUUCCGUGACGCUGCGAGAGAACUUGCCGAGUCUCCGGAGGUCGCUAUCAUCCAGCACGAAUCAGACGUCAUGCAGGUCGCUCAUCAUUACUUCGAGAACGGCAUCGCCCACUUCACGCGCAGGAUCAAUAGGUGUAUCUCAAUGGGAUGCGCCAACGGUGAGGUAGCACCCUUCGUAGGGCACAACGCUUUCUUGAGGUGGUCUGCGAUCCAGGAUGCCGCGUUCGAGGACGUCGGAGACGACAACAAGAUGAAAAUCUGGUCUGAGAGCAACGUCAGCGAGGACUUCGAUAUGGCACUGCGACUUCAGCUUCGUGGCUAUAUCAUUCGCUGGGCUACUUACUCAGAGAAAGGAUUCAAAGAGGGCGUCUCUCUCACCGCCGAUGACGAACUCAACCGAUGGCAGAAGUAUGCGUAUGGAUGUAAUGAGUUGAUCUUCAACCCUCUCAUCGACUGGUGGCGCCUUGGACCCAUCACAAAACAGCUCCGAAUUUUCUUGUGGUCUGACGCGCCAGUCCACUACAAAGUCAGCAUGAUGGCCUAUAUGUUCUCAUACUAUGGGCUGGCAAUCGGAUGUGUCUUGUCUGUUGUGAACUACAUCCUCCUCGGUUUCGCCUUCGCUGUCGACGGGUUCUACGAGCAUUCCUUCGAAAUCUGGCUUGCUUGCACGGUAGUGUUCCCAGGUGCAGGUAAUCUUGGAUUCACCUUGUUGGAGUACCGUAUCGGCCAUCGCAGUAUUUUGUCAUCUUUGGUUGAGAAUAUGACAUGGGUUCCUUUCUUCUUCUUUUUCUUUGGUGGUCUACCUAUUCAUUUGUCGCAGGCACUCCUUGCUCACCUUUUCUCGUACAACAUCACUUGGGGUGCCACCAAGAAGGAAGUCGAGCGCUCGAAUUUCUUCAUCGAGGUGCCUCGGAUCCUGAAACGUUUUGCCGUCGCAUUCAUCCUUUCGUUCAUUUGCAUCUUCGCGAUGGUGAUCCUGGCUACCACGAUCCCCCCUCUUGCCUGGAGAAUCCCAGGUUACGACUGGUCUGUCAUUCUACCUUUAGCUAUAGUUGCAGGAUGUCACAUCCUUUUUCCGAUCAUCCUGAAUCCGUACCUCAUGAUUUUCUCGUAUUGA